AUGCGGUGCAGUGCAGUGCAGUGCGUGCAUGGAUCAGCAGCUGCCGGAGCGCAAGACGAAGAAGCGCGCGAGGGAGGAGGAGGUCCAUGCCGCGCCGCCGGACUUCCCCUUCGAGGAGGCCGUGGCCGCGGCGGGGGCGGGGGCGUUGGGCGACGUCAUCGGGGAGGCGUCGCGGCGGCCGCCGGGGGUGUUCCAGUUCCCCUGGCAGAAGUGCCGCGGCGGCUGGGCCUGGGCGUGUCGUCCGCCGCGGACGCGGGGUCAUCGUCGUGGGAGCUGCGCGACGUCUUCUUCCGCUCCCUCGUCGACGGGGGCGCCGCGGCCAUCGGCGUGCCGGGGGACCGGCUGGUGUCGCCGCUGCCCAGCAGGCGCGCGCUCCUCGACGGCGUCGACGCGUGGCUCGCCGCGGCCGCCGACGACGGCGAGGUGGAUCCGGUCUGGCGGUCCGCGCUCAGCAUGGCCCGCGGCGGGUCGGCGAGGAUGGACGACGGACGUGGGCCCGCCCCGCGCAUGCUUCACGGGUGA